AUGAGUUUGAACACUAUUCUAGAGGAGAUUCUUAUUAAAAGGUCACAACAGAAAAAGAAGACAUCACCCUUAAACUACAAAGAGAGACUUUUUGUACUUACAAAGUCCAUGCUAACCUACUAUGAAGGUCGAGCAGAGAAAAAAUACAGAAAAGGGUUUAUCGAUGUUUCAAAAAUCAGGUGUGUGGAAAUAGUGAAGAAUGAUGAUGGUGUCAUUCCUUGUCAAAAUAAGUAUCCAUUUCAGGUUGUCCAUGAUGCUAACACACUUUACAUUUUUGCACCUACUGCACAAAGCAGGGACCGGUGGGUAAAGCAGUUAAAAGAAGAAAUAAAGAACAACAAUAAUAUUAUGAUUAAAUAUCAUCCCAAAUUCUGGGCAGAUGGAAGUUAUCAGUGUUGCAGACAAACUGAAAAACUAGCACCUGGAUGUGAAAAAUAUAAUCUUUUUGAGAGCAGUAUAAGAAAAGCACUACCUCCAGCACCAGAAACAAAGAAGCGAAGGCCUCCCCCACCAAUUCCUCCUGAAGAAGAAGAUAAUAGUGAAGAAGUAGUUGUAGCAAUGUAUGAUUUCCAGGCAACAGAAGCACAUGAUCUCAGAUUAGAGAGAGGGGAAGAGUAUAUCAUAUUAGAAAAGAAUGAUGUUCAUUGGUGGAGAGCAAGAGAUAAAUAUGGGAGUGAAGGUUAUAUCCCAAGUAACUAUGUAACAGAAAAGAAAUCAAACAACUUAGAUCAAUAUGAGACCUACAGGAAUCAUAAAAUCCUGUCUGUUCAUUCUGGGAGCAUCCUUAGAGAUUGCCUUGUUGAAACAGCAGUGUAUGAUAAAGAAGGUGGUUUUAUGGUAAGAGACUCCAGUCAGCCCGGCAUGUAUACCGUCUCCCUUUAUACAAAAUUUGGAGGAGAAGGUUCAUCAGGUUUCAGGCAUUAUCAUAUAAAGGAAACAACAACAUCUCCAAAGAAGUAUUACCUGGCAGAAAAACACGCUUUUGGCUCAAUCCCUGAGAUUAUUGAGUAUCAUAAGCACAAUGCAGCAGGGCUUGUCACAAGGCUACGGUACCCAGUUAGUACAAAAGGGAAGAAUGCACCAACCACUGCAGGAUUCAGCUACGAAAAAUGGGAGAUUAACCCUUCAGAGCUGACCUUUAUGAGGGAAUUGGGUAGUGGACUGUUUGGAGUGGUGAGGCUUGGCAAAUGGCGGGCCCAGUACAAAGUAGCAAUCAAAACUAUUAGGGAAGGCGCGAUGUGUGAGGAGGACUUCAUAGAAGAAGCCAAACUGAUGAUGAAAUUGACACACCCGAAGUUAGUACAGCUUUACGGUGUCUGUACACAGCAAAAACCAAUUUACAUUGUUGCUGAGUUCAUGGAAAGGGGCUGCCUUCUGAAUUUCCUUCGACAGAGACAAGGCCAUUUUAGCAGAGACAUGCUGCUGAGCAUGUGUCAGGAUGUGUGUGAAGGGAUGGAGUACCUGGAGAGGAACAGCUUCAUCCACAGAGAUCUGGCUGCCAGAAAUUGUCUAGUAAAUGAAGCAGGCAUUGUGAAAGUGUCUGAUUUUGGAAUGGCCAGGUAUGUUCUGGAUGAUCAGUACACAAGCUCUUCGGGGGCUAAAUUUCCUGUGAAAUGGUGUCCACCUGAAGUGUUUAAUUACAGUCGCUUCAGCAGCAAGUCAGAUGUUUGGUCAUUCGGUGUUUUAAUGUGGGAAGUAUUCACUGAAGGCAGAAUGCCCUUUGAAAAAAACACCAACUAUGAAGUGGUAACCAUGGUUACUCGUGGCCACCGACUCUACCGGCCAAAGUUGGCAUCCAUAUACAUUUAUGAAGUGAUGCUGAGGUGUUGGCAGGAGAAACCAGAAGGAAGGCCUUCCUUUGAAGAGUUGCUGCGCACAAUAGAUGAACUAGUUGAGUGUGAAGAAACUCUUGGAAGAUAA